UAAGUGAACAUAAGUGAUGCAAGCACUUUCUGGACCACGCGGGCUUUUACCUGAAAACUCCAGCUGAGAACUAUGCAUGGAUAGCUUUCAGGAAGUGAGGUAGAAGUUCUUGGGAAGAGACAAGCCAGUGCAGAUGAUACAAACACUUAGGUCCCCAGGGAUGCAUGCAGAGGGGCUGGGUUGCGGUUGGACAUGACUGUGGCUUUGGUGACUAUAUCACUGACUAAACAAUGUAGCUGAUAGCCUUUCCAACCCGCAAAGAGUGAAAGAGUGCAUUUUAAGCAUAUAAUAGUAGUACAUUUACUUAUUUUUAAAGACGUGCAAUUAACUUUCAGCAUCAAUAUGACAUGGCAUACAGCACAUGCUGUUGUUUUAAUAGUGCCCUAGGAUGAAUUUAUAUUUUACAAACACACCCUUAUUUAAUGAAAGUCCAUAAGGAGCAGGAAAUGACGCAACCAAGACGCACUUAUUCAAGGAGACUCCUUGCUGUCCGCAAGGCCGCCCCUGCGCUCCGUAGCGCAGUAGUCCCAGCGGUUUUAAAGCGAACUGGAUACCGCGCAGGCUUACGUAAACGCAGCCCAAACCAAGCCGAGCCUCGGGUAUUUAGGGCAUAGUGGAAAGGGCGACGCUCGCGACGUUUAUGGCGCACUUCCAGCUCGCGCUCUGAGGCUGCGGAGGUCUAACAGCGGCGGGAGAGUGGGACGGGAAUAACGGGGAAAAGGGAGCGAAAAACAGCUGCCACUCUCCGGAGAGCUGUCGCGGUCAGAGCCGUUGGCACUGGCACUGGUACUCUGCCACGUUACAGAUAAUAUUACAGCAAAAUAGCACAAGGAAAAAAAUAUAUAUACAACAAUUGUUACCGCUGGGCUGAGUUCAGUUAACCCGCUAAUCUGUCAGGUAGUCCUUACUCUAAUUUCGGGUUUCACGAUGGAUGAAAGACUGGAUGAGAGCCGCGGAGAUUAAAACCGGACCGGUCAUGGAGAGAGCGACUCGCCGUGAAAAAUAUCGAUAAACUCCAAGACGACACCAUUAACGACGGAGCAUGACAGUAUCUAGCUGGAUGGCAAUAUAGAUUAAUAGAAAUCGUGACGGCGUUGGAUGGUCUGGUCAUCGUACAGCCUGCGAAAGCCUUUAUUAUUAUUUUUUAAAAAGAUUUUUCCGGUUUGCAUCUGUUCGGCGGACGGCCGAAGGCGUGGCGUUUAUGGACAUUUUAUCGGUUGAAUAAUUCACUAGGCGGCCGGGUGUUUCACAGCUUCAGAAGUCCCGUCGCGGGCGACAGGCUGUUUUAUCGCCCCCUCCCCUAAUAAAAGCUCAGCUGGGGUGGGAUCGGGCAGGGACUGGUGCCCCUCUACGGGCCGGCUCGGGAGAGGGACGGGGCUGGACAUCGGAGGAUGGGAGAGCGAACGGACCCGGAGCAGUGGGACACAAGAAGACACAGACGCUAUAAAGGUGGGGAUGAUGAUGAUGAUGAUGAUGGCCUACCACUGCAAUUUUUGAGGAAGGGCAGCCUAUUUGUGACAGGGCAGUGAUGCCGGGAAUGGUGAUGUUUCGCCGGCGCUGGUCAGUUGGGAGCGAUGACCUGGUGCUGCCGGCAUUCUUCCUUUUCCUGCUCCACAGCGCCUGGCUGGUAGUGCUCUCCGUGGUGCUCUUCGGCCUGCCCUUUGGCUCUGGCCAGUCGUGCACAGUGACCCUGGUGGACCAUGGCCGGGGCUACCUGGGCAUCCUGGUUAGCUGCCUGAUCUGCGAGAGCGCCAUCAUGUGGCUGAGCAUGAGGGGCAGCAUCCUGUACACCCAGCCCAGGGACGCCGUGCAGUACGUCCUGUACAUCCGCCUGGUUGCGCACGUAUACCUUGACGCCAGCCUUCCAUUCAUUCUGGCCGUCACCGAAUAUGUCAGAAAUGCUGCACUAGGGUAUUUAUGGGACGUGGCUGUGAACCGGAGAUAUGCUGUUUGGCCUCAGUGCUGUCAGGGUGAACAGACUGUCUCCCCUCUCAGACACCGGUUAGAGGAAGGGCAGGCCAGCAGCUGGAGCCGGAGGCUCAAGUUCUUCAUGUGCUGCACGAGAGCACAGGACUCCCAGGCCGACGCAUACUCAGAAGUAGCCAGCCUGUUUGCUGAGUUCUUCAGGGACCUGGACAUUGUGCCAAGUGACAUCAUUGCUGGUCUGGUGCUGCUGAGGCAGAGACAGAGGGCCAAGCGAUCUGCCAUCUUGGAACAGGCCAACAAUGACAUUAUUGCCUUCCUAUCUGGAAUUCCAGUCACCCGGAGCACCAGAUAUCUGGACCUGAAGAACUCUGCUGAGAUGGCCAUGUACAGAGACGUGUGCUACUACAUGCUGUUUGCCCUAGCGGCGUACGGCUGGCCCAUGUACCUGAUGAGAAGGCCUGCCUGCGGCCUGUGCCACCUAGCCAGCUCCUGUUCCUGCGUUCCAGUCUCUGGCUCCCGCAUGUACCAGUCCGUAACCGUGGAGGAAGACAACUGCUGUGGCUGUAACGUGCUGGCUAUCCGCAGACACUUCCUGGACCAGGACCUGAAGCAGGUCCACAUCGUCUACACGUCCUGCCAUGAUGCCGUGUACGAGACUCCGUUCUUCGUGGCAGUAGACCAUGAAAAGAAGAAGGUCGUCAUCAGUAUUCGGGGAACUCUGUCACCCAAGGAUGCCCUGACGGACCUAACGGGAGACUCAGAGCGCCUCCCUGUGGAGGAGCAGCAUGGCACCUGGCUGGGGCAUAAGGGCAUGGUGUUCUCAGCUGAGUAUAUCAAGAAGAAGCUGGAACAGGAGAUGAUUUUAUCACAGGCGUUCGGGAGAGAUCUGGGAAAAGGCACCAAACACUACGGCCUGGUCAUCGUGGGUCACUCGCUGGGGGCGGGUACCGCCACCAUCCUGUCUUUCCUGCUGCGCCAUCAGUAUCCCACGCUGCACUGCUACGCCUACUCCCCUCCCGGCGGCCUCCUCAGUGAGGAUGCCAUGGAGUACUCCAAAGAGUUUGUCACCUCAGUGGUUCUGGGGAAGGAUCUGGUCCCAAGGAUCGGCCUAUCUCAACUGGAAGGGUUCCGACGCCACCUGCUGGAAGUUUUACGGAAGAGUGACAAGCCAAAAUGGCGGAUAAUAAUGGGGGGCACCAGGUGCAUCCCAAAAUCUGAGCUCCCCUUGGACGACGAUCCCCAGCCACAGUCUGCGGCGCCCCCUAGUGACCUCAGCAUUGCCCUGUCUGCCUCCACUCCUCUGUACCCACCUGGCAAAGUCAUCCACGUGGUGCACAACCAUCCACCAGAGAAAUGCUGUGGUCAGGAAGAGCCCACCUACUUUGCCCUAUGGGGGGACAACAAGACUUUUGAUGAGGUCAUCAUCUCCCCCGCAAUGCUGAAUGAACACCUACCGCACAUGGUGAUGGAGGGCCUCAAUAAGGUCCUGGAGAACUACAACAAGGGGAAGACGGCCCUGCUAUCGGCGGCCAAGAUCAUGGUGAGCCCCACAGAGGUGGACCUGAACCCUGACACGGUGCUGCUGGGGCCCCUGGUCUCAGAGCGGCCUACCCCCAUCACCCAGCACCGCAGGAACAGCAGCGUCAGGUCGGUGUGGGAGGCUCUCCUAGGGUCUUGCGCCCGCUCUGAGAUCUCCCUGGAUGGUUUUUCGGAGUGCUCCCCUCCCCCGGUGCCAGUGGUCCUGCAGGGGGCACGGGAGCGGCUGACUGUGGAGCUGAGAGACCGCCGCGCCCCCCUGGCUGUGAUGGAGAGCCUGUCAGACGCCGAGUCGCUCUACAGCCUGGAUUCCCGGCGCUCCUCUGCAGCGUUGCGUGGCUCACCCAACCUUGGGGGGCUGCCCUUCCCCUUGGACACCCCCAUCCCAGAGGAAAAUCCCUCCCUCAGCUCCCGUACCGAGCUGCUGGCCGCUGACUGCCUCAGCCAGGCCAACCCUGUCCCAGACCUGGGAGAACAUGGGCCCUACUCCACCCCCCCAGACUCUAGCCCCGCGCCUCCAGUCUACCACCGAAUCUCCCCUGGCACUCCCAGCUACAACAACUUCUUCCCACCCAGAACCCUGACCCAAACUGUCAUAGACAAGUCCUACCACCAGGGGGCGGCACACCCCUACUGUUCCUCUAACACGAUUGGUGGGCCCUACUCUUCAUCACCCACCCAUGCAGGCCUGGCCGGUGAGGAGGCGUUAGAGAAUGAGAGGGCAGAAGCGCCUUCAAAGCCAUCCACUUCCCUGCCUCCAUUGCCCAACGGCGGCCCCAGCCAGACCGUGCUGGAGUUUGCCCAGUUCCUGGACUCCCUCUUCAAGCUGGACGGCAGCGCUUCACCCCCGCUGGAUCUCUCGGAUGGGGAGUCGGAGUCCGGUCGGGGCUCGUUCACGCAGGAGGAGCGGUCUGGAGACAUGGUUGCGGUGGAGGAGCAUCAGCUGCUUGCUCGUGCCACCCUGGAGCCCAACCUGGUCCCCAAGCCCCCGCGCACGUUCGCCGGCUCCGCCGACCCUUCGUCCGGCAUCUCCCUGUCUCCAUCCAUACCGCUGUCCUCUUCUGGGGAACUCAAUGACCUCUCCCCGGGCGAUGCUGUGCGAACUGCUGCAUCUUCCCCAUACGCCGGAGAAAAGACACUCUCAUCCAUAGUCUGACUCCCAUCUCCUUUCCCACUUUCUCUCCCUGUGUAUCUCCAUCCCCUCUCCCAUUCAUUCUUCCCUGUGCGCCCCCUCUCAUCCCCUGUUCCUCAAAUGGUUUGUCCACACCCCCUGAAUGGACCCCCCCUACCCCCAGCACAGACUCUGUCUCCACAGUUUGGGGAGGCAUCUAUCAGGACUCUCAAUCGGUCAAGUGGACACAACCACUAGGUGCAAAAGUUCCUGUGAGGUGUUUUUUCCGCCAGUGCGGAAGGUGGGUUGGGACGCUGUGCUUGGCCUUCACGCCAUAGGCUGACUGUGAGCCCCGCCCACUGCUCACACCAAUGAGGUUUCAGCUGCUGGCCAAUUCAUUUAGUCCAAAAGAAAGCCUUAUUGCUUGGCUGCUUUGCCCUUUACUUAUACACAUGCACUUUUAGACUCCCCCCGUACAGAGAGGUAACAGUGGACACAGUCACAAAUAUCACCCAAUAAAUGUGCCCCCCACCCCCCAACCUCAAAAUGGUUACUUCCAGCUGGGAUUGAGAGGGAAGAAUACGGGACAAAUUUAAAAACAAAAAGGAUGAACAUACGGAUGGACAGAGAGGGGAGGGAGUGUUUACAGUCAAUUCCUCAGGUUAACGACGAGACAAUGGAGUGAAGAGCAGCUUGAUCGGAGUGGCAACGAUCCCAUUAUCAAAGUGUCAUGAUUUGAAAGGAAGACAUUUUUCCUAGGCAGCGAUAGCUAAUACGUGGGUGAUAUAAUUGUUUGGUCUUUUCCCGGUUUGCUUGCAUCUUGCGUUGUGAAUUUUGCUUUAUCGUGUUGAAAAGUGAAGGAUGUCAGGUUACCAUGGCACCAGAACCGUUAGGAAACGCCCGUACUGCCCCUUCCUGUAAACGGAUUCACACGCCGUAGCUUGUCCCACUUGCCAAAUGUAAGUAUAUUAUAGGAUGUCGUGUGUGUUUUAGUUGUGCGGAAGGUAAGCAUGCAUGCGUUUAAGGCGGCGCUGUUUCCAAAGAGCAGCAGAGUCCAUCCCGCCCCCCUCCCCCCCCCGCUCCCGCCUCGGCCUUGUGACGCAGUUGCAGUAAGUGCUGGUGGUGGGGAUCUGACCGCGCUGUGUGUGGACUGGACUAGCAUGAGGGUCAAGAGGCCGGUUUCAAAAUGCUAAUAAUUCAACACUGCCGCAUGAACCCGAGAGUCACAUGUAGCUGAUAGGGUCCAAAUGUAGGAGUCGGUCCAUUUCCUCGGUGUGCGUCCCACGUCUGCCACCAGGUAGCCCUCUCCAGCCGGGACAGCUAACACAACUUUUCUGAAGGCCCUUUCUGUCCUGGAAGGGGGGGGGGGGGGCAGUUACCAUGAUAACAGCUCCGAAUCAGCCGAUCUUAAGUGUGUUCGAAUUUGCGGAUGGAAACUUAGUGUUUCCUUCUCUUUCGUCAUUUUCCAGACUUAGGAUUGAGAGAGGCAGCUUCAUAUCUUCCUAUUUAUUAAUGGUUUAAUUGUUACUGGCAUUUUUAUACCGUUGGGUUUGCCUUUUUUAUGGUGUGAAUGGAGUGUUUUUAGGACCUUGGAUUUGUAGAAAGUAGCCCCCUCCAGAACAAAAAAAAAAUAAAUCAGAAAAGAAGGGAAUGGUUCUCUGUCUAAGUGUAAACGUGCAGGGCUGGGCAGUUGGUCGCCCUUCCGCACUGCCCUGCCGAUCACGUCGUUUGGUAGAAUCCACCCCUCCAAUGAAUUUCUGAUGCCAGUCUUCGGUGUGGAGGAGCAUGGCGAGUGUGCAGCGGUUACCACGGCGAUCACACCUGUGUUUAACACAGUGGUUGUGACUCUACAGCACUGUCUGCUUUGUGGAUUUAUUUAUAUAAUAUAUCUGUAAGAAUGGUCUUGUUUCCAAACUAUUGUAUAUAACACUAAUGCCCGUAGGAGACCGUGUCGAAAAAGUACUGUCUUAUGAUCAUUGCCAUAUUAUAAAUAUAUAUCAUAUUUGACACAUCUAUAUAUAUAUACAUUAUAUAUAUUAAGAGAAUGUGUAUGAGAAACAAAUCUAUAUAGUACAAAGAUAUAUGAGAGGUUUAUGCAGAGAUAUUAUGUAGAGAACUAAGUCAAUUAUGUUUCUUCCAUGUUUUUUUCUGAUUUACAUGCACCCCCAACCCUAUUCCUGUCUGAGAAUGAGAAUCAAGAAUGUACUUUACCAAACCCCAACCCCCACCAAGCACACUGGUCUGCCUGUAAUAAAUAAAUAAAAAACUCAAUCUCAAAA